AGGCAUGAGGCUUUAGUAAAUUGUGUCAUCACACCUAAGCCAGUUUUCCUGCAGUGUUUCAGACCAGCAGACCACAGUUUAUACCAGCUAAAGUGACGAAGAUGAACCGGAGGAUGCUCUGUAUCACCCUCUUCAUUGCUGUACUGCCUUGCAUGGCUAAAGAGUUCUCCGCUCCAGUGAUAAAGCUGAACUCCUCUCCUCUGAAUGGAUCAGAGAUAGUCUGGGCAGCGAAGGAACCCUUGCGUCUGCUUUGUGAGGGACAGGAGGAGGUCAUGUGGAGGACACGAGUCGCCCGACUGCAGAAACACGUGUCCCGAAGCGUCCUCUCGGUCCCGGAGCCCGGCGCAGAGCACACGGGGACAUACCGCUGCAGUUACAAGAGUCACAGACACCUGUACUCAGAGAUACACAUAUAUGUGAAAGAUUCUGUCAAAGCCUUUACUAGCCCUCAAAACCCAGUGAUAGUUGAGAAAGAAGGCUCGAACCACUGGCUGGACUGCUUGGUGACGGACCCGGCGAGUACCGAGUUCUCCCUCAAGAUGGGCAACGGGUCGGACGUCGCGCCCAUGAUCAAUUAUACAGCGGAUCCCAAACGUGGCAUUCUGAUCCAAAACCUUCAGCCCAGCUACGACGGAGAUUAUGUGUGCGCUGUGAAGAUUAACGGAGUCCAAAUGCAGUCUGAUGUCUUCAGAAUCACUGUCCUAGAAAAAGCCCAACAGCCGCCGCUGCUGUCCCUUCCAGAUCAUCAGUAUGUGCGAAUCGUCGGUGAAACGCUGCGGAUCCCUUGUUACCUCGAAAACCAAGAUCAUUCGUUCAACAUCACCUGGAGAUCAUCAGAAAAGGUACUGAAUCAUGAAACAAAGAAAGACAAAAGGUGUGACAUUUGCUUCACUUCCCUUUUGACUCUUCAUGAAGUCAACAUGUCUGACUCGGGGAAUCUGACCUGCACCGGGCAGAAUAAAGCUGGACAAAGCAGCGUCACUGCAGUUCUUACAGUUGUAGAUAAACCUUACAUUAAACUUACUCCCAUCCUGUCCUCCGAACUCAAGGUGAAUGGAACGGAUAUUGAGGUGAUGCGAGGGGAUGUUGUAAAACUUGGUGUGCAAAUCGAAGCAUAUCCAGAAGUUAAAUGGACACGUUGGAAAACUCCCGAAUCGAAUCACACCCACGAGGAAACAUUUCUCAGGAUGCAUAAAAGUCACAGUAACUUGUCCACAAUCCUGCUGAGGAACGUUGGAGAGCAAGAGUACGGUCACUACAUCUUCACUGCCAGAAGUGCCCGUGUCAACGCCUCAAUAAUUUUUACAGUUCACGUCUACUAUAAACCCAAUACUGAAAUUAAGUGGGAGAAUGGGGGAAUUGCCGUUUGCGUGGCGAUUGGUUAUCCCGCACCGAGGAUUCAGUGGUUCCAGUGUGAAGAUGCCAGCACUAUGUGUAAAGACAACCAUACAUCCGCUGUGGAAUUAAUGUCCACCCAGUCCACUUUUGGGCACGCCAGAGAGCAUGGACCAGUGCGGGUGAAGAGUGUGUUACCAGUGACUAACGCAAACACUAAUGUAACCUUUGAGUGUGUGGCUACAAACGUGGCCGGAGAAGAUCGUGACAGAUUCACCUUUAAAAGUUCAUUUCCUGACAGGCCAUCCGUGUGGUCGACUUCAGUGUUGAUCACUGUUGUUCUCUCUGGAGCCUUCACUGUGAUCAUCUUAUGGAUGUUGAUCCUUUUCUACAAGCACAAAAAGGCACAUAAAUAUGAAAUCCAAUGGAAAAUCAUUGAAGUGAAUGAUGGGAACAAUUACACAUUCAUUGACCCCACUCAACUUCCAUACAACAAAAACCUGGAGUUUCCUCGAAAUAAGCUGAAGCUUGGACAAGUUCUUGGAGCAGGAGCUUUUGGGAAGGUGGUGCAAGCAACCGCUUUUGGGCUCGUCAAGGACCAAACCGUUACACGAGUGGCAGUGAAAAUGCUCAAGCCCAGUGCUCGCUUUGAAGAAAAAGAAGCACUCAUGUCUGAGCUGAAGAUCUUAAAUUACAUCGGGCCGCAUGAAAACAUCGUCAAUCUGCUGGGGGCGUGCACUCAGGAAGGACCGAUGCUGAUGAUCACCGAGUACUGCUGUCACGGGGACCUCCUCAACUUCUUACGUCAACGAGCAGAAACAUUUGCAAACACUUUUCUUGGUCUUCAAGGCUUCCCGGAGGAUUCAAACCUCUACAAGAAUGUGACCGUUCAAAAUAACCAUCCUGCAAGGAUCACUUGCUCAGAGAGCUACACCGACGCACAAUCAACACGGAUGUCCACAGACAUUUGUCAGGAAUCUUGCAAUGAAGGAGGGGAGGACGUGUGGUCAUUGGAUAGUAUUGAUUUGCUGAAGUUCUCCUAUCAAGUGGCACAGGGAAUGGAAUUCCUAGCCUCCAAAAAUUGUAUUCACAGAGACUUGGCUGCGCGGAACGUUCUUGUGUCUGACCGCAACAUUGUGAAGAUCUGUGAUUUUGGCCUUGCACGAGACAUCAUGAAUGACAUGAACUAUGUAGUAAAGGGAAAUGCCCGGCUGCCAGUCAAAUGGAUGUCGCCUGAAAGCAUUUUUGAAUGUCUUUACACAGUACAGAGUGAUGUCUGGUCAUAUGGCGUGCUUUUGUGGGAGAUCUUUUCCUUGGGUAUGAGUCCUUACCCUAAUGUUGUGAUUGAUGCACAAUUCUACAAGAUGAUUAAAGAUGGUUAUCACAUGCCACAACCAGACUUUGCCCCUCACGAAAUGUACACGAUGAUGAAAACGUGCUGGAGCCUGGAGCCAACUCAGCGUCCCACCUUUGCCAACAUCACAGAAUUUAUCGCAAAUUUGCUGCCAAAGCAAUCCAGCCAGCAGAACAAUGAAACCAUGUAUCCAGAGUUUCCGAGGCUCCCGAUGGCGUCGGCGUCCCAUGUCGGCAGAGACGAGGCCCAGCCUUUAAUGAGGAACAGUUUGACCUAACAAAUAUGCUUCAGUUUUUCAUGUCUGUGUUUAGUACUAGAGCUGACAAGACAAGUCCCAUUUCUAUUCACUGCAUGCUUUGUGUUUUGUUUUUACAUUUAUAACAACGUAAUAUCAUGCUAUAUGAUUUUUGUGAUUCGUUUAUAGCAGAUAAUUUAGUAUUUUACUUUUUGAAACACAUGGCAGCUAACACUUUAUCAAACAUCUUUUUAUAUAUUCCUUUUCAUAUUGUACAUUAACUUCAUCUGAAGGAUUAAGAGCACAGGUUGUAAGUCAUGAUUUCUUGAUUUAUACUUGGUCAUAUACAGUGGAUCUAAAAUAAUGUCUCUGUAAAAAAAUAAAUCAUAUCAGAACCACACUUCAGAAAAAAGCUUAAAAUAACCUAAAGUGUACACAAACUUUUGUAAUUGGAAAUGUGUCUGUGUUCAGAAAGACCUGAUCAUCAAGCUCAUGCUCACUUCUCUUCACAUUGUUACAUAUGUAUGUUUUUAUUCUUUUAUAUAAUGCAUUAAUUUUUGUAUAUGUAGUGUGUCAUGAGUAGGAUCAACCCGAUCACACUAAAUGCGUCUCUAUAGCACACACGCUGUGUGUUUGUCGUGCAAUUUAUACACGAAAAUGAUUUUUAACUUGUAUACGCAUGGGUUGGUUAGGGUAGGUUUAGUAGUGGUGUGGGGUGCAUGUGUAUUAUGCAUUUGUGCAGAAUUAAUGGUGGGUGUUGUGUGAGUAUCAAAUGCACACGAAAACUGCACAUAAAAACUAAUUUUCACGUAUAAAUUACAUAAUACACAAGACAAUAGAGACACAUUUAUGUCUUCAUUGGAAUGGAUGGCAUUAAUAGUGUAGUUUUUUCUUUGAUAUAAGUUAUUUUGUCUUUUUAUAUAUUGACUACUUUUGUGUUAUUGUGGGCCGUGGCGGGUCACCCUGAGGUUUAUACUCCCACUGGGCUUUCUUUUGUUACUGUGAAGCUCUCAACUUUACAUAUUAUUUCCCACAUCUAAAUAAAACAUUUAUCUGAGC